GAUGAGUAAAUGACAGCUUAUUAUUCAACUUGUUAAAAAAGCUCUACUUGGUUUAUUUAUACCUAACUACUUGUAAUUAAUUUAUAUUCACGUGGUAUUUUUGUUCAUAAAUAACUACUCAAAUGCCGAAUGAGGAAUACCAAUUCAAAAAUAUUUUACACUACAGUAGAAAAACAUUUAAGAACAGGAAUGGUGACCCGUUAGAAGUUUACACUACGAGUAGCAGAAGAGAAGACACGAAUGAGGAUUUAACGGACUCUCCGAGAAGUGAUAGAGUGACUUUAGACCCCACUGCAGGCUGCAGCUGUGGGAACGAUCCAGACAGCGAAAUAGCCAGCAUCCUUCACAAAAAAUGCCCUGUUAUUGCGUUAGCGCAACGACAGCUUAACAGGCUAUUAGAUGAAACUGAUAAAUUGCUGUGCGACAAUACAAGAUGUUGCAGAUCAGCCUACGAUUUUCUUAUUUUAUGCAAGGAAGCACUCUCGAACCAAAACAAAUGGUGGUACAUAUUUGUAAUUUUUAUUGCACUAACAUUCCUUAUUGGCUUGAUUCUGGGCGCAGCCUCCUGUGGGACCAGCUUUCGGAAGUUUAAUAGCCCCUUACUUACAUGCAUUGAUAACUUUUUCAUAUUUGAUAAUUACUUGACCAGUAAAGAAAACUUUCGGGGCAUUGUAUAAAUAAUAUUUAAUUGGGUCUACCAUGAACAUGUAUUUAUUGUAUAGGCAUUUUACCCAGCAGUGUAGUAUGGUGCAUCAUUUUAUAACUAUGCAAUGUUUAUUUGUUCAUAAUGUACACUGUCCUUAUGUUAUUUGCUAAACUCCUAAAGCCUAUAUAAAGAGUUCAUAGUAAGUCAGCUGUAAGUUUAAGCUGUAUGUAGGAAGUAAUUUUCAACAUAGCUACAAAUUAUUAUUGUUUUAAUCAAGAUAAAAGAUAAUAUUCGAAUUCAAUCCCAUAAUAGUUACUCCUAUGAAUUUAUUUUAAUUUAUUAUUUACUUAUUUUGUAGAUUGUUAUUUCAUCUACAAUUUUAUAUCUUAUUAGUAAUAAUUAAAUCAAUACUGCCAUUUCUAUCAAUUAGUAGUAACAACCACCCAGUUGUAUUUUCUUAGAAUUUAAAACCAAUAAAAGUUUUAUGUAUCCUGUUGGUUUUAUUUUUUAGAAACUAAAGUAAACUUACUACAUAUUUUAUUGGCUUAAUCUAAGAUUAAAACAAAACACACAGGCCAGGUCAGGGUUUUAAAGAACCAAGGUCAUACAAAAUACCAGAACUCUGCUGUGAUAUUCUAUGUCAUGUUUUACAAAAAUCUAACUUUGCCAAGAUCCUGUCCUAGUAGUACUUUGUUAUCUAUAAUCAA